AUGUCUCGGUCCAACGGAACUGCGGCGACGCCGUACGGAUACGGCUCCAUGAAGCUGAUCAUCCCCGACGACGGCCCCUGCCAUCCCAUCGUGGGUGGCUCAUACCAGCAGCAGCGCGAGCAUCAGAUUGAUGUCGCGACUAAGAUCGUCACCGGUCCGCAUGGUUGCGUAUCAGAACUCUCCAAGGACUGUUGGCCUGAGCCCGCCUUUCCUGAGCCCGCCUUCUGGAGACGUAACAACCAGCACGAAGUCAGCAGCGAGGCUUCUGCUGCAGACACUCAGUCCUCGGCCGUCAACUCGUCGAUCAAUUCACCCAGUCCAGAGUCCUCGGAGAUUCAUGGACAAGCCCCGAUGUUGAUCCAGUCUCUGCGUAUUUUCCCUAUUGGAAGAGAAAUCAUCUCGACUCUUUGGUCGAUUGACACCCCCGCCAUCGGAAACUUGGCAAUUGCGUCAAAGGGAACUUCUGGUGCCGUCGCGUUCUACAUUUCGCGUUUCCACCUGCCUUCGGGAGACUUCCAGGAUUGCGACCGGCUUCCCGGCGCGCUCGAUGGCAUGGCACCCGAGCGGAAGGCGACUAUCGGAAUUGGCAGCCACCUCCUCAUCACAGGAAAGGAUAAGUAUCCAUCGGCGACGGCUAUCAAGGGCGUCCACGAGAUCUGGGCUUCCGCUGCUCUUCGCGAUAAGAUGUGGGACUUUACUCAAUCGCACAAGAAUCAACCCGCGAUGUACUUCAAGCUCUUCCCGUACCUCAUGUCCGAGCAUUUUUUGCUGCUUCGAGAGGGUAAGCUCGAAGAGAAGUUCGACGCUUACGACGUGCCCACCGACGAGAGAAACAUCAGCUACCGUCAUUUGCGCGAGAUGGGCUACAACAUCCCGAUGUUACGCGCGCUCUCGCAGUACGGAGGAAACCUCACGCACAUGAGACUCCAUGAGGUUCCGAUGCUUGACAUCAGACUCGUCAAUCUGAUCUUGUCGAUUUGCCCGAGUCUGGAGGCGCUGAGCUUGUUCGAGUGCGAUCUUCUGCACUUCAACUCAAUCAUCCCCCUUCUCAACGCCGUCCACUGGGCUUCGAAGAAGAUGAAGAAGACGCCGGUUCUCAUCGACUUUUUCCCACGCACAUACUUCGGGCUAAAGGGAUAUGGUCAAGGAACGCACAUCAUCUCCUGGGAUGGUCUUGACGUUGGGACGCUUGGCCCCUCGGUCUUCACGACCGUCUUGGUGGCAGUUCUGAAGGCCCUGCCGAUGGGGAUUGACCUGCUUGGCCAGGGCAAGCUAUUCCGAAAGUUUCUCGACUUGGUUCCCAUGAAGCCAGGAGCCAGCACGGUGUUCUGUCACCACUUGUUUUCCUACCUCGACUCGCUCGCCGAUCGAUCAAUCCCGGAGGAAGUCCGAGACGCUUUGGAGAACCAGGUGCUCCUGUCCGUUUACCAGGGCACGGAAAAAGUGUUCAAAUGCCGCGAUCGUGACGAAGCUUUCCAGAGCUUCGAUUGCUGCCGUUGCGGUUCGACCAUGAUCAGAGGUCUUUUUGACAAGACGCAGGCAGCACGUCCCGACGACCAGCGUGUUUGCCGAGUCUGUGUAUUAGACUACGAGUUGGAGGGCCAGGAGCACCAUCGCCUCCAGAAAAAGCGCGGCCUCCUCGACGGUUUCCUUCGCAUCAAGGAGGAGGUUGCUGUCGAGAACAUGGUCUCUUCGAGCGAUAUCCCGACCCUCGAGGAGGACCUGGCCAUCAUCAAGGCUCCGAUCAUGGAGAACAGGUUCAUCUCGGGUCCGGCUCCCGACUCGGCUCACAGACACGCCGCAUGGCUAGAGAGAUUCAAUCUGCCUGACGUGGCGGAUUUGACUGACGAAAACCGGGACAUCGACGUUCUUUGUGUCGCUCUCAAUGCAGCACUUCUUGAUGUGCACACCAAGAUGUCUGAAUUGGACGGUAUCGAUCUGGACCAUCCUAUGCACAGACGUCGGGCUCACACCCGAGGCAAGUACUUCCGGCAGACUUGGGAGUCUACCAUCUGGAGAGAGGUGACCAAGGAGAGAGAGGUCAACGGCGGUGUGAAGCCAGCUGGAUUCUGGUAA